CGUUCGGUUGGUUCCAGCAGCGUCUCUCUCCAACUUCGCGUUGUCCUCUUUUACUCCAUUUCAUCAUGAUACUUCUCAUUUUGCAGUGAUCCAGUUAUUAAAAAAAUAAAACAACCCUUUGAAGAAUUUAUGUGCUCACUAUUUAACAUUUCUGAACUUGAGACCUAAAGAAAUAAAAAUUCGGGUAACUAGUGUAUGUGCGAGGCAACUGUUACAUAUGUAGAUUUGCAUAUAAGCAUAGUGUAAAGUUUACGUGCAUAAUUAUUUGUGUACUUAAGUGUACAAAAUGGAAGAAGAAUUAAAGUGUGCCGUUUGUAAACAAUUAUUCGCUAACCCUGUCCUUCUUCCAUGUUACCAUUCAACAUGUCUCAACUGUGCGGUGCAAAUCCAAUCCCCUGUCCACCAACAAUCCCUCCCAGCCACGUCCAACACGAACCUAAAUGGUCACCAUAGUCAUGUAUCUACCACCAACUUUCACGGUCAUUCCCACCAUAUUGUCAUCACCACUGCCACUGUUCACCACAAUAAUAACAAUGGGUCGACCCCACUUCACCAGAACCUGCAUCACAAUCAAGGUCAUCACAAUGAAAGCAAUAGUGUCAACAGUUUUCGUGCAGAUAGUGACAAAUCCUCAACAACGUCCUCCACAUCCUCGCAAACCAGUGGGGGCGAAGACUCGUCUGACAAAGUUUCCGUUUUGUCCGAGACUGAUUCUGGUGUCGUCAUUUGUUCAAAUUCAAGUCGACCCAACAGUUAUGUCAGUUCGCAUAACAUGCACGGUCUCCUCUUUCCUCCCAUCCAGUCCACAUCCUUUUGCUUAUCGUGUCCAGUCUGUCAUAAGACUGUGUAUUUUGAUGAGAACGGAGCUCACAAUCUACCAAAAUAUAGAGUGAUGCAAAAUAUUGUUGACAGAUACAUCGAGUCCCGGAACCUUGGUACGAAAUGUCAAAUGUGUGAACGGAGUCCAAAGUUAGCAACAGUUAUGUGCGAACAGUGUGAGAUUUUUUAUUGUGACAAGUGUCAGGCAAGUUGUCAUCCUCAACGUGGUCCGUUGGCAAAGCAUUCACUGGUUAACCCAACUCAGGGAAAGGUUGUGCUAAAGGAGAAAGCUGGACCGCUGGACUAUUUCAAGUGUCCGGACCAUUCCAUGGAAUCGCUCAACAUGUACUGCAUGCUGUGCAAAGUUCCUGUUUGCAUUGGAUGUCUUCAGGAUAUGAAGCACGCGGAUCACGAUGUCCAACCCAUUCAACACAUGAGCAAAGCUCAGAAAACAGACUUAUCACACAACCUGCAGCAGCUCUCGGGAAAAGCCAAAGCGGAAUCAGAAUUCAUCCAGAGAUUGAAGACCCAAACGGAGAAAAUCAAUGAAAGCAGUCUUUCAUUAGAAAAGCAAGUGACGGCCCAAGUGGACGCAAUAAUUGAAAAUCUGCAGAGGAGAAAGCACGAACUCAUGGAGUUUAUUCACAAGGAGAAGGAAUACAAGUUGCGGUCCCUAAAAGCCGAAGUUUCUAGUCAUGGACAGAGGUUGCAAAACACUACUUCGUUGAUUCAGUUCUGCAUCGAAGCCCUCAAGGAGACAGAUCCACUUGCUUUUCUUCAGAUUGGUUCCCUGCUGUUGGCUCGAGUUCGUAAUUUGGAAACCUCAUGGAUCUCUGAUUUGGACGACUCUGCCAGCGCCACUGAUGGAUCCACGAUGCAAAUGUCCUCCGGAAGAAAUGCUUCCUAUUUAUUAGCUUCCAUGUUCAAUCCGGAACUGGAUCUGACGCUGGAUGACCGUGGCGUCACUCAUGCCAUUCGUCAACUCAAUUUCAUCCAAAUGAAACCUGCUAAAGAUGGUGAGGAACGGAAGCCAGCAGCCCCUGGACCAGUCGUCAUAAUUCCUGAGGAGUGCAGUGCGGAAAAUAACAGCGUCACAAUAGCUUGGCAGCCUCCCCCAACCUCCUUUGUUGAAGGAUAUGUAUUAGAGCUGGACGAUGGAGCUGGUGGAGCAUUCAGAGAAGUUUACUGUGGGAAAGAGACAAUUUGCACCGUGGACGGUCUGCACUUCAAUUCACUGUACAAUGCACGCGUCAGGUCAUUCAACAGCACAGGCGAGGGCGGAUACUCCGACACCAUAAGUUUACAAACCGCAGAGGUCGCGUGGUUUACAUUUGAUCCAAGUCUGAUAGCGCACGGUGUUCGCCUCUUGAAUGAGAACAACACAGCAACAACCGAUUCCUACGAGCCGAGGUUGAUUUUGGGUAGCGUUGGCUUCGCACGUGGCGUACAUUAUUGGGAGUUCUCGGUGGACAAAUAUGACGCAAGCGCCGACCCCUCAUUCGGUAUUGCCAGGAUAGAUGCUGCAAAAGAUGAAAUGUUGGGAAAAGAUGACAAGGGCUGGGGAAUGUACGUUGAUCAUCAGAGGUCUUGGUUCAUCCAUUGCGGGGUUCACUCGUGUCGAACUGAAGGAGGAAUUGGGACCGGAUCAACUGUCGGGAUACUCUUGGACCUGGACCGACGCCAAAUUUCAUUUUAUGUCAACGAAGAACAACAAGGUCCAGUAGCUUUCACUAGUUUAUACGGUGUCUUCUACCCAGCUGUCAGUCUAAAUUGUAACGUCACAGUCACCCUACACACCGCCAUGGAACAUCCCGUUCUCACGGAAAAUGGGACGCUGUGCAGGCGUUAGAUUGGAUGAAGAAAUGGGUGAUUUGCAGGUUGGUUAUAAUUGCAGAUCUGCCUGUUCCUCACGUUAAUCGGAAAAAUGUUUUCCUAGCCAUGUUGUUACGACCCAUCCUUUUAAAUCUUACUACGAUUUGUCCAACUAUUGAUUUUACCAUUUUUCUCGCUUAUUUUAUUAGUGUCACUAGUACUAGUCUGUGAAACCCCAAAGUGUUUAUAUCCAGUUGUCAGUUAAAAUGUUAUGAGAUACAUUUCAUCCAAAUGUGUACAUAUAAAUCUAUAGUUGAUCUCUUUUGUACAUUAAAAUAACAUGUAACUCUCGCCAUGUGCAGUCAUAGUCAUUAAGGUUCAAGUGUGCUACAAGUUUUUUGCAGAAUACUGACGUUACGUUUAUGAUAUAAUCACAGAUGCGUGCAUUCACGUAAUUUGGAAGUUUCCUAUUUUUUAAAUUGAUACAACUGUUUAAAUAUGAGUUUGUAUUAUUCGGUGAGUUUUUUUAACAAAGUGUACAAAUAAAUAUAUGGAAAAAUUACUUGCCCAAAUAUAGAAUUGAAUAGCAAAAAAAUGAAAAUGAAGAAUUCGAAAGUACGUACCGUUUAUCUAUAUACAUAAGUUUACAAACAACUUUCGCGUAUACUCUGUCAAUGCUUAAUUAAAUGGUAAUUAAUCCAGACUGCUCUUUAGUACAAGUAAAUCAAGUAAUUAAACUGACUGUUGGCGUUUAAAUGUUUUAUACCAAUAUCGCGUCAACCUCGAUAAAUAAAAAAUUGUUGCGUUUUCAAAGUA